AUGGGCCCUUUAAUUAAUGCAGAAGAAGAUACAAAAUUUGAUCUUGAAUCUGAGAUUAAGUCCUUGGAGCUAGAUAAGGUCAAAGACUUAAAAGAUAAAGCUCCUCUUGAUCUUCAUUUCACUCUGUACAAGUUCAAACACACUACCCCAGGCAAUCUGACACCGAUUAUUUUACUUCACGGUUUAUUCGGAAGUAUGCAAAACUAUAGAAGUGUAGGUAGGCACUUGAGUUAUGCCACCAACAAUUUUGUGUUUGGAAUAGAUUUAAGAAAUCAUGGCGUAUCUCCUCGAAGAGGUCCUUUGACCUACAAACAAAUGGCUGAGGAUGUGAUAUAUACGAUUGAGGCACAAAAGUGGUCGAAAGUCAUCCUUGUAGGCCAUUCCAUGGGGGCCAAAGUGGCCAUGCUCGUGGCAUUAAUGAAGCCAGAAUAUAUUCAACAGUUGAUAGUUAUUGACAAUUCUCCUGCUGCUGCACCUUUGGAUAAGAGCUUCUAUAAACAGUUGGUAGGCUUGUGUCAUAUAGAGCAGGACCCUAAACUCAAAUUGACUGUCCUGAUGAGUCAUUUGUUCAAAGAAGCAGAUAAGAUAUUAAAGAAGUAUGAACCAAACCCAAUGAUCAGAACUUUUUUAUUGGGGAACCUUAGAAUAGAGAAGAAAAAGAGUCUUCUCAGACCUCCGGUAUUGAACUUCUUGAAAGAGAACUUCCUUGAAGAAAUUGGUGGAUGGCCAGGUGAACUUGUGGAAGGUAAGACUUUUGAUAAACCAACGUUAAUUUUAAGAGCCUUACAGUCUGAAUUUAUCACUGAUGAGACCCUUGAAAAUGACUUCCCAAAAUAUUUCACCAAUUUUAAAAAUGUGGACUUCAACACAGGCCAUUGGCUUGUAUCAGAUGAUCCUGACUAUUUCCUAGAAACUGUUGUCGCCUUCAUUGAAAAACACAGACCUAAAGAACCUAUACCGGAACAAACGUCCCCCGAAGUGACCCCUGGAGGAGCCAUCGACCCCACUAUCUAUGAAACCCCAUAG